CGCUACAUAAAACAUAUAAUUCAAUUAAGAUUUUUGUAUGAAACCCUCGCUAAAACAAUGGAGGAAUUACUUGCGUGCCGAGUAUGUUUGAUAACGGACGUUAAACUGUUCGAUAUGUUCAAAUACAAACUUGCAGAAUCAUAUCAAAUCAUAACAGGAACUCAGAUAUCAGCAGAUGGUUUACCAUUACAUAUCUGCAGUAUAUGUGCUGUGUUACUGCAGAAAAGUGUGUUGUUUAAAAGUAAAUGUCAUAAUGCUGAACAUAUACUGAAGUUUUCACUGAUGCAACAACAUAUGCUGACUACUGCCUACUUAAGGACCAUAGACCGCAGCCUCCACUCCCUCACUCUACCCCUCUCCACUGCAACCAUAAACAGCACCAUAGACUUCUCCUACCAAAUAAAAGAAGAAGUCACAGACAUCGAAACCACAGACGAAAUAGACAACACAGAUAACAUAUCCAUCAAAUAUGAAUCCGACGAAGAGCCUCUAGCCAAAAAAGUAAAAAAGAAAAGAAAAAAAAAGUUAAAAAUAGAAGAUGAGAUCAAAUUCGAAAAUGAUAAUGAGAAUAAAGUUAUUGAAGAUAUAACUUAUUUAGAAGGUUUAGACGAUGUACAAGUGGUUGUGUUGAGUAAAGAGGAACAGAUAGAAGAAGUGUUGUUGAGGAAGAAUUCAUUUAAUUACUUGAACUCGUUUUAUAAAUGCGAUAAGUGCUAUAAAGGGUUUAUAACGGAUUCAACAUUUAAGAAUCAUAUGGCAAGGCAUGCACUGUUAAGUGGACCGCACGCGUGCGAGGUAUGCCUCACCCGGUGGCCGACAGUACGCGCGCUCCGCGCACACGUCAUCACGUCCCACGAGCGCAAGUACGUGUGCCGGAAGUGCAACCACGUCUCCAAAUCCAGUCACAGAGCAAAGGAACACAGCAAAUGGCAUCUCGGCUUCACUUACACCUGCAAGAUAUGCGGAGCUUCCUUCACCAAAUCUACGAGCCACCUCACACACAUCCGGCUGCAGCACCCGUCCAACAACUGCUGCGAGCUGUGUGGCGAGUCCUUUAUCGGCGAGUACGGGUUGGCCAUGCACCGUAAGAAGGCGCAUAGGGACCAGGGUAACGUCAAGUCGGAGUCUCUGUGCGUGCUCUGCGGCGUACAGUUCCGGAGUCUCGACGCGCUGAACAGGCAUAUUAGUGCUGCCGACAACAACUCCUGUAACACUACCUUAAGGCCGUGUCUCAGUUGCGGCGAGGGAUUCGUUUCGGACGAAACGCUAAAAGAACAUUUGAAGAUACACGUGACUGACGAUUAUGUUAAAUGUCAAGAGUGCAACAGAACAUUUGCGCACGAGAAGUCUUACUCCAUCCACUACCAACGAGUACACCUGCGCGUGAAGUCCAAUUCCCGACGAGACCACACCGACAGGGUCGUCUGCGAGAUCUGUGGCAAGAAGUGCACGUCAAACGCCACGCUCGUGUAUCACCAGCGGACGCACACCGGUGAGAAACCCUACCAGUGCACCAAGUGUCCGAAGCGGUUCAGCGUCUGCCAACUGCUGCAGAUCCACCUCCGGACACACACGGGGGAGCGGCCGUUCAAGUGCUCGCGUUGCCCGAAGGCCUUCAAACACAAGGCGGCGCUCAACCGCCACGAUCGGGUACACACAGGGGCGAAACCCUACAUGUGCGCUCACUGCGGCAAGUCGUUCUCCCAGUCCAACUCAAUGAAGACUCACGUCAACACCGUGCAUCUCAAGCUGCCGGCGCCCUACAGACACCGGAGGAACAAGGCCGAAUAAAUCAUUUACCCCUUAUUCAUAAAACUUUA